UUUGCCAACUUUAACCUAACUUUCUCUCAAAUCAACUUAUAUUUUUCACUGCCGCAUCAUGAUUUGCAUGCCUGCCCUCAACUUAUUUUUCUACAACUGCCUGUUGGCUUACAUAGCCAGGGAAGUUCAACGCAUCAUCAUAGUUCCGGCGACGAGUGUGAGUCGUUGGAACUGGUUGCCUAUUGUUGGCCGGUUCAUUGCUCCCCAGCAAGCGAAAAACCAAAUUGAAGGCUUCCCCCUUCAGGAGCUCGGCGAUAUCCUGUGGAAUGUGAACUUAUAUGUGAACUGUUUGCUGCUUCUGCCAGCCCUCUUCCAGCUCCAUCAUUUCAGCCUGCUGGUGGCCCUGAUUCUCAUGUGGAACUUCUACGUCUUCCAGCGGCUGUUCGUCUUCUUCCUGAGGCUUGUGGCCAACUUGUGGGGGAGCGAUCUCCGCUGGAGCUACUACGGUCCUCUGGUCGUUUUCGGAGCUCUAAUGAGCACGCUGCACUUGGGUCUGAUCAUCGGAACCAUGAAGUUGCAGACCAAGCAUCCCGAAGAGCCAGAGCCUCAGCCCGAUUCCUUGCCUCAGCAGGUGUUCCUUCAAGAGCCGCAGCUCUUCAGGGAGGAUGCUUCAGAGAACAUUGGCGACGGACCACGACGCUAGACCCGGAAAAACCCUAAACCUUAAACUGAGCUCAGCUCAGCCGCCUUUAACUGGGCCGCCAUCAGUCAGGAGCUUAACCUUGCCGCAUCUACAAAUACUGGGUCGGUGGUUCAACUAAUAAAUAUGCCAGAAAACAGCAGACACACGGACGCAAGGACACCCGGCACGCACACACCCGCACACCAGGACAUGUACAAAUGAAUCGCAGCUGAGGGCUGGCCGGCCGAGCAUCGGGAAAUAAAACCAUUAAAUAUUUGCGGUUAAACGCACCAAAAACAAA